AUGUCAACUAAUAGUGAUGAAAGCCCCUCUGCUAUAAAGAACAUGCUGGAUGAGCUAAAUGGCAUGCUAGAGUGUGAAGAAUUACCAUCGCAGAUUAAUGAACAACUGGAGAGAUGCAUUUUGAAUUUGACCUCCAUUAAUAAACUUCCUGUGGAUCCCAAGAGGUUUUUAGCCAAUAUCAAAAGAAUACUCGUUGAUCCCAAAGCUAAUGCAAGAUUAGACUAUGAUCUGAUGUUGGAAAUGUUGAGCAAAAUCGUUGCGACAAGCUCUUUCGAAGACGUUCUAACGGUUUUUUCUGUUGAAGAUCUCGUCUUGUCUUUGAAAUCCGGGAACCCCUCUUUGAUUAAAGCAGCUAAUCAGGUCAUCGCGAGAUCUUAUCCAAAAGGUCUCUUUGCCAACUCAGAGAUCCUUGACAUUCUACUGGAUCUCUAUUUUGAUUCAAGCUAUGAUAUCUCUGUCAUAAAUAGCAUUGAGCAUUCGAUAUCGAAUUUGAGCUCGGAUGAACUAGUGAGAAGACGAAUUUUGAUCAACAAUCUUCCACCACUAAUGGUUGUAAGGAAAAAAUUUGAGUCAACUUCAAUGGCAAGACUGCUGGAAAUUUUAAACCUUUUAUGCAGAAAUAUGGAGCAUAGUGAAUUUAUUGAGAAGUUGUUUGUUGUACGGGGAGAUGAACUUAUAAAAUCGUUAGACAUAGAUGUGGUAUUGUUUAUUCACAUUGUGGUGUAUUACACCAAUUUACUGAAUGAAGUGGACGUAAUUGAAGUAGGAGGCCAUACACAUGAAUGGCUUCUCAGAUACAUACAGCCUAUUGUGCCGGCACUUGGCGAUAUUUAUGCCCAGAACGACAAGUAUCCUGAUGUAAAGUACUUUGCAAGGUCAUACCUUUUCAAGUUCUUUCAGAAGUUGUCAUAUCUCGAUGAUGAAUCCUUAUUUCGAUUUUUGGAUGAGAAUUAUAUCCAUAUCUCUCCUGAAACGAGAUACUUGACUGAUUUUCUGUCUUUUGUGAACCCAUCGUACCUUUCCAGGUAUUACUCGACCCUCUUGACUCGAUUUGGGACUGUCACACCCUCUAAACUGGGAGUCAUUAGGAACCUGGUAGCUCAUCAACAGUCUUUCGCACUGAUAAAAAGUCACAUUACAGCCGACGCGAUUCUAGCCAUGCCUUAUAUGGAACAGAUGGUUUUAUUGCAACGUGUAUCUCAAUAUCCGCACAGUGCUGAGUAUCUGCUGAAUGACUUACCAAAAGUGAUGUCAAAUUUGAUCUCUAAUGGGAACGGAGAGGUCAUUGAAUCGGAGACAGUAGCAUUGAGAAGAGAGACCAUUGAAAAUUUGUUAAAGUACGACCAAUCUGUAUGGCACAUCCCAUUGAUGGAUGAAAUGAUUAAAAUUACUGGCGGAAGGCCAAGAAGUCAGGUUCAAACUAGCUUAGCUUCAUCUUACAUUUAA